UGAAAAGUAUAAAGACAGGGAUGGGGGCACAGACCUUCCAUUUUAACCACAACUAAAACUGUUACCUCACUUGUACAGCUGCAACAUACAGAAUGGAGACCUGAGAUGUAUGCCACCACGACUGACUAGGGGAGUUAUUGUGUAACUAAGGGUGUCAUACCAACGGGCUAUGCUAAUUUAUCAAGAAAGAAAAAUAAACUACAGUACAUCAAGAACCAUAGCAGCUGGUGGCGGAGCAUUAAACACCACAUACAGCCAAACGAAUGAGAGAACAUGAGCGGAGGACUCAAAACAAGUGAGGUGAGACAAGUUCUUCUGAUUUCAACACUGAAAGUAACUGAAAGACCGUCCGGAUUUCAUAAUAUUAACAAACCCAAAUUAGAGUGUGAUUGCUUGACUCAUCAACAGACCUUCGCUAAAAGCAUAGCAUAGCAUAGCAGCCUAACGGCCAUAGCAGAGGGCUAGUGGUGGACUAUGGGCUCUACAGGAUCCAGGUCCAGGCUGAGUCAGGUGGCCCCAUGUCACAGUCAGCCAGAGGGAGACCUGGACCAGCAGGCCAGUCAUCCCACCUCACAAUGGACCAUCUCUGCUGUGCCAACCCCACUGGAGCCACAACAUGGGCCCCUAGGACAUAGGACUAUCCAGCUGCCCCCACUGAAACUGGAAAACUCUGCAAGCUUCCCCCCACUAUCUACAGAAUCAUCAUAUGUAGCAAGCAGCCUUCCACAGAGUCAAAGCAACAUUUGUGGACCAAGCAUCAUUCAUUCUCAUCCACCACGAAGACUACAGGCGUUGCAACCACUGGCCCCUCUUAGUGCAGGCCUCAAGGUUACUGCCAAUCACAUGGCCAUGGGCAGAGACUGGAGAGAUGGGGGUGUCCUCCACUUUUCUACCCCCAGCCAGGGUGCACACGAUGGCACCGGCCGCCAUCCGCAGGUGCAGAUAGAGAAUGGAGGACUCCUGGAGGCACAGAUGGUCCUCAGUCAACAGGCCCAGCGAAGAAGGAGAGCCCACCAGAGACGAGUCCGAGAGCAGCGGGUCCACGAGAGGACAAUCUACAUAGAUAAUGUUGAAGCACCAAGCAGCAAAGGGAUACAGAGACUGCAUCUGCUAAACAGGCCAACCCAAAGGGACAUAUUUUGGGAUGAGAUGACAGGAGAGAGUCUCGACCUCAAGGAGAUCCUCCAACCAAGCCCCCUUCCCCUGGAGCAGGGAGAGAGACAGCAGUCCCAGCCUGGACCACCACAGUGCCUGUGUAGGGAUGAAGAGCUGAUCAACAGAGACUUGGCAUGGGGAGGCCUCAGGAGUCCUCACCGGAAAACAAAUACUCUCACAGACAGAGUGGAAGGGGAGACAGACGGUGGACUGACCAUGAGGAAAACCUUACCUUCGAUGCUGGACUGGAAGACAGAGAAACAAAGAGAUACAAUUCCCAAACACUUGAGCUCUUUCGGGGAUAGUGAGAGGGCUAGUAGGAGGCCUCUGAGAGGCUGGCAGAGAGAGGGCAUUAGAGGUCUAUGUCAUGGGGAGAGAGGGAUUUGGGAACCUGACCUGGAGCUGUUUGAGAGGUUUACUAAUCUGGAUUAGAUCGGAUCUUCAAUCUCAGUUUGCGAAAUGCUAAUGGUGUAUAGGUGGUCACUUCAUUUUGAAAAGCAGAAAUUGUAGCUCAUGUCUUUUAAACUGUUAGCAUUUUUACUGUAUGAUCACAUGGCAAACUAAAUAUUGGUUUGUCAUAACCAAAGUAUUUCAGAGAAUGUGUCCACCACCAGUAUUAAACUAUCACCUGAAUGUAUUCAUAGGAUUGCUUUAUUAAAAUAGCAGCUGUGGUUAAAGUCUAGGAUUGCUUCAUUAGAAUAGCAGAUGUGGUUAAAGUAAGUCUCAUUGUGGGAACAAAUCUGUUUUCCAUAACAAAUAAAUGUGUUUAUGAAAGUGAA